AUGGCUCGUCUGAGCCUUACGGAUGAUGACGCCCGCGUCCGACGGUGGUUUGCGGCUGAAGUCCAGCAGCUGGGGUGUUCACUGUCCGUGGACCAGAUGGGAAACAUGUUUGCGCGGCUGCCAGGCCGGUUGAAGUCGUCCGCACCCAUGAUCACAAUGGGAAGUCAUCUUGAUACGCAGCCUCGUGGCGGUCGAUAUGACGGCAUUCUCGGCGUGAUGGCCGCGCUGGAAGUGCUGAGGACGAUGAAAGAAAACGGGUUCGAGACCAAUUACGACCUUGGUGUCGUAAACUGGACCAACGAGGAAGGAGCCCGGUUCCCCAAGUCAAUGUGCUCUUCCGGGGUGUGGGCGGGUGAUAUUCCCAUCCAAAAGGCCUGGGACCUACGGGACAUUCACCAUCCCAACGUCACUCUCCGAUCAGAGCUUGUAAGGCAUGGAUAUCUGGGUGACCUUGCGUGCUCGAGCGAUGCCACCUCCGGACACCCUCUUGGAGCUCACUUCGAAUUGCACAUCGAGCAGGGGCCCAUUCUCCAGGAGACCAACCGAUCCAUUGGCAUUGUCCAGGGAGCGCAGGGAUACAGGUGGUUCACGGUUACUGUCCGUGGGAGGGAUGCGCACACUGGAACGACACCAUUCCGUGCGCGUUCAGACCCGUUGUUGGCAGCUGCGCGGAUGAUUGCUUCGUCGAACGAUAUUGCGAAAACGUACAACGCACUGGCUUCAACGGGCAUUAUCAAGGUUCCCUCCAAUGCAUCCACCAACACGGUUGCCUCGGAGGUGACUUUCACCCUUGACAUUCGACACCCGCAGGAUCGGAUUGUACAUGCCGUGCAAGAAGAGUGUCUCCGGUCCUUUUCGAAAAUCGCAGCUCGGGAUGGGAAAGGCGUCCAAUUCGACUGGACCCUUGACACCGACUCGCCGGCGGUUCAUUUUGACCGGGACUGUAUAGCAUCCAUUCAGGCGGCAGCAAACGAACUCGUCGGUCCGGAGAGGACAAUGCUCAUGACAAGCGGUGCCGGCCAUGAUAGUGUGUACACCAGCAGACAUUGCCCGACAGCAAUGAUCUUCGUCCCUUGCCGCGAUGGUGUCAGCCAUCACCCGGCAGAAUAUUGCGCUCCGGAAGACUGUGCUCUUGGGGCCCAGGUUCUUCUGGAUUCCGUGGUGCAUUACGACCAAUUCCGGUUGGAGCGUGAGUCUUGA